UGUUGAUUGAUGAGUCAAUAGUUGACAUAUAUAUUAUAAUACAUUUGUAGCAUAAAGAUUGUUUAUAUUUAUCAAUUAUUUGACUAAAUUAUAAUAAAAAUUGUAAUAUAUAUUAAUUAAUAUCUCUUAAAUAUUUGUCAUUCAAGUCAAUAUUUUCAAUUCAUCAUUUGUAAUUUUCAUAUUCAAAUAAUUAAUUCAACAAAUAAAAGGAUAAUAUAUAUUAAUUUUUAACAAUGUUAUCAUAAUGAUUAUAUCACAAUUUUUAUCAUAAAAUAUAAACAUUAUUUAAUCGUAAUAUAUUUUAAUUCAUUUAUAGAAAGAGAAAAAAUUUCAGUUAAUACAUUCAAUAAAAUGAUUUUGUGGAAUGGCCGAAUUGCAUAUUGUAGGUCGAAUUUCGUCUGCAAAAGAUUUUAAACAAUCACAUCUUUUAUGCAAAUGGAGUUUUCAUGCCGGUAGAGGAUGGAAAGUAUUAAAUGGUUAUGAAGAAGGACAAACUCAAGAAAGUUGUGAUUUAUAUACAAAUGAACCAGUUUGGGAUCAUCCCAUAGAUUUACAUUAUACAACACAAACUAUUCAAAAUUCACCAAAAAUUUUACUACAAAUAUUUCAUAGAGAUACACAUGGAAGAAUAUUAUUUGGAUCCUAUGGUAUUUGUAAUAUUCCUUUAUCUCCUGGAUUGCAUUCUAUAAAGUGUCACACGUGGAAACCAAUUGGUAAUUGGAAAGAUAGAUUAAGAGAUAAGUUUUUGGGAAUAAGUUUACAAUUAAAAUCACCAAAUAUUUUGGUUAAUUCUUUAGAUAGAUUUGAAUUACUUACAGAAAGUAUGGGUACAAUUAAAAUUGAAUUAUAUAUACUUACCCGAAAUUUUGAAAAAUAUGGAUGUAUAAAAUACAUAUAUAUAAUUAUCAACAUGUUUAUAACAAAAUUUAUAUUAAUAUCUUUUUAUCUUAUGUUAAAUAAGUCUGUAUAUGCUAAGAAACUUGAAGAGAUAUUCACAUGUGUGAAUGAAACAGGAUGUGAUGAAUUAAUAGAGAAAGAUAUUUUAGAAGAAACUUUAAGUACUACAGUUGAAAAUAUUUAUAAUACUACUAUCAAUUCUAUAUAUUCAACUCAAUCUACAAAAUUUCAAAUAAUUACCAAACAAAUGCCUCAGAAAAUUAAGUACAAUAAAAAAUCACAAAAUCAAAAUAUAUAUAAAAUGCACUCUGACAUAUGUGAAUGUGACUUAAUGAUGUCAUCUUGUGAUAUUAAUUGUUGUUGUGACAAAGAUUGCAAUGAUUUUCAUUUAACUGUUUUUUCAUAUUGUGAAAAUUAUCAACCUGAAUUAUUUGAUAAACGUUAUUGUUAUAAUAGAAAUUUUAUACAACGAAAUAAUACUCCAUUUAUACUUGAAAAAUUGGCGAAUAAUCUCUUUUGUAUUUUAUAUGAUAAUCUUCCACCUACUUACAGUAUUAAUAAUGAGUUGGAUAUAAAAACUGAAGAAGAUAUAAGGAAAGCAAUAAAUUUAAAUAAAUUGACAUGGAAAUGGAAUGACCAAUUUUAUCAACUUGAAUAUAAUAUUUCUAAUCCUUAUCAAGAUGGUGAUGUUAUGUGGAUAGUAUAUAACAAUUAUAUUCAACCCUUUGAAAUAUUACAAUCUGGAUUUACUGAAUUAUGCUCCUUUAAGAAAACUUUAAAAUAUCUUCGUGAAUGGAAAGAACAAUGUUUACAAACUGAAUUAAUUGACACAAAUAAAUUUUUAUUUCCUGCAACAUUUAAUAAUUUUACAAUUAUAGUAUCUCCUCAUUUGUUAAAUGAAACUUAUAUUCAGUUGCAGAUUUGUCCUAAAAAUGUAUGUUUAACUUUAAAUAGUUAUUAUUGUAAACAUUAUUGGAAAACAUGCAGUAAUAAUACUAUAAUAGGAUCUUGUUUUAAUGGAACAUGUUACAACAUUGUAACAGGUGUAAAAUAUUUAAUUGUUCACAAUGGCUCUAUGGGAAUUAAUAAUAUCGAUGUAUAUUUUAAUAUAGGUAAUGUUUCUCAAAAUUUUUAUCAGCAGUUUAUAGUAACAUAUGAAUGGGCAAAAUUAGAUAAAAAAAAAAGUUUCUCUCUCAGUGGUAAUCCUGGCUAUAUUAUUGGAAAGCCAUUAAUUAUAGGUACUUUAAAAAUAAAUAAGACUAAUAAUAUAGAAACUAAAUAUAUCAAUUUUAAUAAAACUGAUAGUUUUUUGACAUUACCCAUAGCUACAAAAACCGGUGAAUGUAAUAAAAUUAAUAGGUAUGCUCUUGCUUUUGGAGAAAAUAUUAAAUUGAAAUGCUCUGUAUCUGUACAUACUAAUAAUUUUAGUACAGCAUCUUGUAUAGAAUUACAAAAUCUUAUUAUGCAUAUUUUACUUAAAGAUACUUUAUUUAAUGUUACACAGAUAAAUCAAUAUAAUAUUUAUGUUGCCAAGUUAGGUAACUUUUCUAAUAAUGAUACUAUUAAUUGGACAAAAAUUUUAUUGGAUAGAAUGCCACAAAAUAUUAUAGUAGGAUCGUUUGUUAAUAAUCGUUUAUAUUGUUCAGAUUUAAUAACAUCUAUACAUUUAAAUAUUUUAUAUUCUGCUUUAACAAAACCUGAAACAUUAAAAAAUUAUAAGAUAAUAGGUGUUAGUAUUACAUUUUCAGCAGGAUCUAAUAUAUCUUGGUCAAAGUGUUCAUCUAAAAAAUGUAUAGAUCUACUAAAAAUAGAUGUUGUUAGUUAUGUUACAUUUCAUGAUAUAUCAAAACCAUCCAAAUAUUAUUUUGUGGGAGGACCAAACUUAGAUAUUACUUUACCAUAUGAUUUUUUUUAUCCUUUUUUAAAUAGUUCAACUUGUAUUAAAUCAAGUAUAUUUUUAAUUAGUACAAUAUUGAGUAUAACUUUGCAUAAUUUUUUUAUUGAUUUCAAGUAACAUAAUUAUAUAUAACAGUUUAUUAUAUGCACAUUAAAUUACUAUAUUACACAGCACAUUAAAUUAUAUAUUUUGUUAAAAUAUUUAUUUAAUAAUAUAAACUAUGUAUAACAAAUGAAUGAAAAUAAUUUUAUAUUUGUAAAUAAAUGAUAAAUUUCAUAAAUAUAAAAGUAUAAAUAUUCAUGAU